GUGGUCCUUGUUUUUUGUUUUUCUUCUUCUCUCCUUUUCUCUUUCAAAGUUUCUUGCUUUACAAAGGUUAAUUAUAAAAAGUUGAUACAUUUUUUCUGCAAAACCCAGAAAGGAAGUGUGCCCAAGUUUGGGUUUUUAUUUAUAUAUUCAGAAAAGAAAAUAAAAAAAAGAAGUUAGGGUUUUUAAAUUGAAUGAGUGUGGGGGUUGAAAUAUGAAUAUACGAGGGAUAAGAGAGGGUAAAAAGAUCUUGUGGUGGUGACGGCGGUGCUGAUUCUAAGGAGAUAAAAUAGAGAGAGGGUUAGGAACAUAUCUGAGAUUUGGCCUUUUUUCUUUCAGCGGGUUUGAUUUUGGACCUGAGAGCUGAUUUGGGACAUUUUAAGUUUCUUUUUUCUAGUUAUCCCUCCAAGAUCAAAGAGGAGCUGAAAUAUUGAGUGGGGAAGAGUUUUCAAUAUUUGUUUAGCAAGAUGAAGUUUAUGAAACUGGGAUCCAAGCCUGAUUCAUUUCAGACUGAUGGGGACAGUAUCAGGUAUGUUGCAACCGAGUUGGCAACCGACAUAAUCGUCAACGUUGGGGAUGUGAAAUUCUAUUGUCACAAGUUUCCAUUGUUAUCAAAAAGUGCACGCUUGCAAAAGCUGGUUGCAACAUCUAAUGAUGAGAUCGGAGAUGAAACCCACAUUCAGGACAUACCUGGUGGACCUGCAGCUUUCGAAAUAUGUGCCAAGUUUUGUUAUGGCAUGACAGUGACUCUCAACGCAUACAAUGUUGUUGCAGCUCGUUGUGCAGCGGAGUACCUUGAAAUGUAUGAAACUGUUGAGAAAGGAAACCUUAUCUAUAAGAUUGAUGUCUUCCUCAAUUCAAGUAUAUUCAGGAGCUGGAAAGAUUCCAUCACAGUUCUUCAAACAACAAAAUCUCUACUUGCAUGGUCCGAGGAAUUAAAGGUGAUCAGCCGCAGCCUUGAUUCCAUAGCUUCCAAGGCUUCAAUCGAUACUUCCCUGGUGGAGUGGUCAUACACCUAUAAUAGGAAAAAGCUCCCAUCAGAGAACGGAAACAGUCCUCAAUGGAAUGGUGUAAGAAAACAACAAACGGUUCCAAAGGACUGGUGGGUAGAAGAUCUCUGUGAGCUUCAUAUUGAUUUAUACAAGCGAGUGAUAACAACAAUUAAAGCAAAGGGAAGAGUUUCAGGUGAUGUAAUUGGAGAAGCAGUACAUGCAUAUGCCCUGAGAAGAUUGCCGGGUUUUAGUAAGGGUAUGAUCCCGAAUAACGAUAUCAUAAAGUAUCGUUCAUUGGUGGAGACCAUUGUGUGGCUUCUCCCAACUGAGAAAGGAACUGUUUCAUGUAGCUUCUUGCUUAGAUUAUUAAGAGCAGCAAUUUUAUUGGAUUGCGGUGAAAUGGAGAGAAAUGAGUUGACAAGGAGAAUCAGUAAGCAGCUCCCCGAAGCAACAGUGACUGAUCUCUUGAUUCGAUCUCCGGCUGGAGAAGCAACGAUAUAUGAUGUCGACAUAGUUCACAACUUAGUCGAGGAGUUUAUGACACGUUUCUCAACCGAUUCCUCUAAAAAGGAAUUCAAUGAGGGCACUAGAAGUCCCAAGUUUGGACCAGAUGCUUCUAAAGUGUUGGUUGCAAAGCUAAUUGAUGGCUACCUAGCGGAAAUUGCAGGAGAUCCAAAUUUACCGCUUUCUAAAUUCGUCAAUCUUGCUGAGCAUAUAGCUUCCGUCUCAAGACCUUCUCAUGAUGGACUUUACCGCGCCAUAGACAUGUAUCUGAAGGAACACCCUGGAAUCAGCAAAAGUGAGAGAAAGAGAAUAUGCAGGUUAAUGGACUGCAAGAAGCUGUCGGCUGAAGCCUGCAUGCAUGCUGUGCAAAAUGAGAGGCUUCCCUUGCGUGUUGUCGUGCAGGUUCUCUUCUUUGUGCAAGUCAGGGCCACAGCUUCCUCCGGCAAUAGCACCCCUGAUCUUCCGGGGUCCGUUAGAGCCCUUCUUCCCGGAGGGUCCCACAGCAGCUCAAGGUCCACCGCUACAAACACCGAAGAGGACUGGGAUUCGGUGCCAACAGCCGAGGAUAUCAAGGCUUUGAAAGGGGAGCUUGGUAAUCUGAGAUUAGGCAGUAAUGGCAGCGAUGGAAGCAGAAACGAUGCAACCAAGAACGACGUUGAAAGAGCUUCUGUAAGUAGAAUGAAAGGACUGGCAAUGUCAAAGAUCUUCUCAAAACUCUUGUCGAGUAAGGAAAGAAACGGAGAAAUUAGCAGCACCGAUACAUCGGAGAGUCCUAGAUCGGUGAAUACCGAAGAAACAAAGUCUACUCCUUCCGCUAGUAGGAAACAUUCACAAUCUUAGUUCAGACUACACCUAGCAAAGGCUUGGAGAUUGGCUUUUGUAAAAUUUAUCUUAAAUGACAGUAGGGGGAAUAGAACCGGCUCUUCAAGCUGGUUUACUACUUUUUUUUUCUCAAGUAAAUGGAACGAGGGACGCACAUUGAAUACCUCGGGAAUUGAUUUCUAAAAUGUUCAAA